AAAAACAAGAAUGCUUAUGGUGCUAGUUUUCAUCUCUCCUCCCGAAUGCAACAACACGCCAGCUAGAAGACGGAAGUAAGGAGUAAGCUAGUCGUUGAAUGAGUAGUAUUCAACAAAGGAUCAUGAGCCUCAUCCUAAGAAGUGCUGCCGUGAACGUGCAAGUUGUGCAGCUGCUGCUGCUGCUCGCCGCCAUUUCCCGCAGCGGAGUCCGUACAUCGGAUGCUGUUCCACUAUCCGCUGAUAUAUUGGAUGCUUCGUUUUCCGCUGUACAUUCGCAUCCCUUACAGUCACCUCCUUUACAGUCUUUUCCCGAGCAGUCACCUUCUUUACGGUCACCUCCUUUAAACUCGCUUCCUGUACAGUCACCUCCUUCAAACUCACUUCCUGUUCAGUCGACUUCACCUGAUGCAGCGAGCAACGCACCUAGCGCAGAUGCCACAUCCGAGCCUCGACCCAAGGCUGCUUCCGAGCCUGGAGCCAAGCCUGCAUCCGAGCCUGGACCCAGGCCUGCAUCCGGUGAACCUGGCCCUCCUACUUCAGAGCAUCACACCGCGUGGAAUAAUGGCACAGCAGAUUUGAGCACAUUAGCGGCAGGACCUAAGAGCAAACCGCCAGCGCCGACGCUAGAGCCGGCGUGGGAGCGGUUCGGAGUGUGCUCGGGCGGUAAGGGGCCGUUCCGAGUGACGAUCACUCCAAGGCGAAUCGGAACCACGUGGAAGGGAUGGGGCACCUCGCUCGUGGAGGAGUUUGCAAAGAACCCGGCGCUUGGGAACAUCACAUUUAAUUCGCUGGAGCCGUUUAAUGAAGGGCUUGAAGGGCAAUGGGUGAGUGGGAUGGAGCAGGAAGGGUGCAACUUCAACCCGCCUGAAAUGAGUCGAGUGCUCUUAAAGACAUGGCUGGCACUGCGGAGAAGGAAGCUGAAGACGAAGCUGGUUGGGAUUGAUAGCAACGCAGCUCUUACCAGUGUGGGUUUACCACUAGUCAUCGGCAAAAGCCUACUGCACAGGAUUAAUGUGCAUGGUUACCCCCUCCCGUUACAAAUGUUUUUCAACCUUACUACUUCACAGGCCAAAGCAGCGACAACUGUGCGUUACACUCACAUGAAGCUGCUGGCAAGGGCUCUUCGGAAAGAGGUCUGGGUAUCCGAGUCAUGUCCGUUACUCAGACAGGGUAAUGCCUACGAUCUUUCCCUCUACUUGAUGCGGAAUGUCAUUGAAUCAGUCAACAUCCUGGAAGCUUCUGCCUACAUUUACUGGCAGAUUUACGAUGGGGGUGGCGACAAAUGGUCAGUGAUUGGGAUAAACUGGGAACACCCCCCUGGUUACACGGGCCCAUUCGACCCUCCUGUCAAGCUGAAGCGGUUUUGGAUGCUAAAGCAGUUAACAGAUCUUGUACAUCCUGGGAGUCGGCCUUUGCUGGUGCCACAAAAAUGUCGGCAUAGUGUUGCUGCAUUCCGUAGUAAGGAGAGACGGACUGUGAGUGUGUUUAUAGUGGUUCAAAGGGCAAAGGAUGCAAGGUUUGUUGUGAGGCUCUCUGGGUUCAAGUUGAAUGUGGGUGGAAGAUCGAAGGCCGUCAUUCGUCAGACCACAUGGGGAGAGGACAAUGCAGAAACCAUAGUAGAACUUCAGAAUAAACCAAAAACGGUUGUGGUAGUCGAAGGCCAGUCUUUCCUAUCUAUAAGCUUCACUCAUGUAGUUAGAAAGAAAAGUUGAGUAUAUUAUAUCAUAUUUGUUUGGCUGAGAAAAGCCCUUAGGAUCUU